ACAACAAGAAGCACAGAAACAAGGAAGUGGGUGAUCGCGAAGCAGCCGUAACCAGUUCGUAAGGCCGUGACUACAUACGCAGCGUCUCUGUCUCUCUGUGUGUUUUUAACCUGAUAUUGCCCAGCCUCCGGACCACUACACAACAAUGAACAACAAAGGUUCUUAUCCGCAGCAGUCCGUGUAUCCUCAGCAGAGCAGUGCGCCUGUAUACCCUCCUGCUAUGCAAAUGUCCCCUCAGGCACCUCCAUACACAGAUACACCACCUGCUUAUUCUGAGAUAUACCAGCCCAGAUACAUGCUUCCACAUCAGGUGCAGGGUCAGAUGCAUCAGAUGUCCUCUCACUACCCUGGUGCUCAGGUGUAUAUGCCCAUGCAUCAACCACACAUGGCUGUUGGGCACGUGGGUCAGAAUGUCCCCAUGGCCUACUAUCCCAUGGGAGCUGUGUACCCACCUGGUUCCACAGUUAUGGUGGAUAGUGGCUUUGAUGGUGGCGCUCGCUUCACAGCAGGCAGCAGUGUUUCCAUCCCACCCCCACCUCCUGGACAUCCCCCCAACGCAGCUCAGUUGGCUGCCAUGCAGGGUGCCAACGUUGUAAUGCCACAGCGUAAGAAUAACUUCUUCCUGGGUGGAUCCGGUGGAGGAUUUACCAUCUGGUAACAGCAACUCCUCCACCAUGCCUAAAACCACAUCCCCGUCCCAACUGAUGCCCCAGUUUUACCCACAUCCCUUACACCUCUUUCUUCAGGCUGCUUGGCCACGCCACAAUACUGAUAUCACCUAAUAGAAUGUAAUAUUUUAGAGCCCUUGUAAAAGGUACAGUACUCCACUUGUGACAUAGAGAUGAGAUGAUAAAUGCCACUGCCUGGAUUGAAUAACCGCAAUUUUUUUUUAAUGUUGCUGAAUUCAUGCCCACAAUGUGUCAUUGGCUCUAACCUCUUUGGUCAUUCCAGACUGGACGAUUUCUUGAGCAUACCUGGUCUCUUUUGAUUAAAUGAAUUACUAAUUAA